GAUCCUCUUCACCAUUCCUAGACUCCAUCUCCAGGUUUUCAGUGUGUCUGUGUUUCAGUAGAUCAGUCAGAGCGUGUGUGGAGCUCUUGCGUGUAUGUGUGUGUGUGUGUGUGUGCGCGUGUGUGUUUCUCCUGCGCUGUGCUGCAGUAAAGAGCCCUUCGCUCAGCCAACUGCUACUACUCUGUGGAGGGCAUCGCAUCCUCCCUGCCUUUUUUUCUGUUAUUUUCCUUUUCUUGUGCUUUUUUCAAACCAUGCUUGGAGUGCCUGAAUGAAAGCGUGCGGAUUGAGGGGGAAAGGACGAGAUUAUGUGUGUGACAGAAGAGCCAGGCGUACUGCAGUGAGUCAAACAGAAAGAGUGAGAGCUCUCCACACCCAUGACCGUGUGCCUGUCUGAGAUCCACUUGAACACAGCCAAACGGACUCGUUCGUCACCUGACAGAGUCACAGUGCACAUUGUGUGGUGAGGCCGAAGAUCAGCUAGAUUCAUGGUCUCCACCGCCGUACUUCGAUGAAGACAGCUACCCCUCCCCUCCCAGGAAUAUGAAAGGUUUAUCAAGUGGUCGUCCUCAGCUCACCUUCACAUCUGGACACACCUGUGGGCUGCCAGACUGCGAUCAGUCCCUCGAUCACUUGCAGCAUGUCGGCCCAGACUCCCGCUCUCCCUACCUGCUCAGUCCCACCGAGAGUUGCCCUUUGGACCCACACCGCUGCUCACCCCGCAGCUCCAUCCACUCGGAGUGCAUGGUGAUGCCAGUUUCUAUGGCAUCUGACCACGUCUCCAGCAGCACCUUUCCUAGAAUGCACUACAGUUCACAUCAGGACAGCUUGCGGGACGACGGCUCCACUUCUCAUGGUGGAGGAGGUGGCGGAGGAGGGGUUAGCAUUGUUAGCGGGGGUGGCGGAUCCGGGAAGAUGAACCGUAUUCCUGCGAACCUCCUUGACCAGUUCGAGAAGCAGCUACCGAUUCAUAGGGAUGGUUUCCACACGCUGCAGUACCAGCGCACGUCUGCCACCACCACCAACAGCGAGCAGCGCAACGAGAGUCCCGGGCGCAUUCGCCACCUGGUGCACUCUGUCCAGAAGCUCUUCACCAAAUCGCACUCUCUUGAAGGCUCUUCCAAGAUGAACGGCACCAAGGGAGACUCUCGCUCAGACAGCGGACACCACCACCAUCACCACCAUCAUCACGGCCAUGACCAUGGGAGCCACAAACACAGCAAACGAAGUAAGAGCAAGGAACGCAAGUCAGACUCCAAGCAACGCUCAGGGAUAGCAGGCUGGUGGAGCUCUGACGACAACCUGGACAGUGACAGCACCUACCGGACUCCCAGCAUCAUGAGUCGGCACCACGGAGAUCAUAUCACUCACUGUUACCCGGAUAUGGGCCACGGGCACUUCGGUGACCUUUCACUAAAGACCUCUAAGAGCAACAAUGACGUGAAAUGUUCAGCAUGCGAGAGCAUCGCUAUGGCCCCCGAGGGCAAAUUCAUGAAGCGCAGCUCCUGGUCGACUCUGACUGUCAGCCAAGCUAAAGAAGCCUACCGUAAAUCUUCCCUCAACCUGGAGAAACCGACCAUGCCUCAAGAUCUGAAGUCCUCCAUGAGGCCUUGUCAUUUUUUACAGGUCCCUCAGGAUGAAUGGGGAGGGAGAGAUGAGGAGAUCCCAUGCAGAAGGAUGCGGAGCAGCAGCUACGUUAAAGCCAUGGGUGAUCAAGAUAGUGGAGACUCUGAUGGCAGCCCCAAAAACUCCCCACAGAAAAUGGUGCGACCCAACGCGCUCGUCAAAUCUGUGCUGCAGAGACAACUUUCAGACCAGAGCUCAUACCGUUUGGAUAAGUCUAGCCGGGACAUGGUCAAAUACCUCACCAACAUCACUGCAGAUUUAAGUCAAAGCUACCAUCUUCAGACCUCUAGGGAAAUCCAUCCCAGCAUCACACUGGAACCGUCGCCCAACUACAACUCCCCCAAAUUCCGCUCCAGGAACCAGAGCUACAUGAGAGCGGUCAGCACCCUGAGUCAGGCCAGCUGUGUCAGCCAGGUCAGCCAGGUGAGCGAGACCGAGGUCAAUGGGCAGUUUGAGUCGGUGUGUGAAUCCGUGUUCAGUGAGGUGGAAUCUCAGGCCAUGGACGCUUUGGACUUGCCGGGCUGCUUCAGGACACGUAGCCACAGUUACCUGCGAGCCAUCCAGGCCGGAUUUUCCCAGGACGAUGACUGCGUCCCCUCCAUGACAUCAUCUACUGUCACAUCCACCAUCAGGUCCACCACAGGAAUUCAGUUCCAUCUCCCUUCUUCAGGCAGUGUGGAUCGGCCAUCCCAACAACCACCAGCGGUCACCUACACUCCUAGUACACCCACCUACAAGAGGACACCUCCGCCUGUUCCCCCUCGCUCCACCUCCAAACCCCUGAUCUCCAUCACGGCGCAGAGCAGUACAGAGUCCACGCAGGAUGCCUACCAUGAGGGACAGCUGGCCAGAGGUUUCUGGGGUUCAGACGGGUCGAGUCUGAGUUUGGGUCGAGCCCUUUAUAACUCCACUGACAGUCUGGACAGUGCCAAGGCCGUCACUAUCGCCAUGGAAGCUGCUGCCAUGGCGAUGGCAGGAAAGAGACACCCCUCCACCGACAGCCACAGCUCAGUUAUGACCUGUGAUAAAGCUGUGCUCGUCUCCAAGGCAGAGGAGUACCUGAAAACACCAAGAUCAUCUAUAGGAAUACAGGUGGAAGCAGCAACUGAUUCAGAGUGUGAAAGCAAAGGCUCUCGAGAGUAUCAGUCUGUUGGGAUUCAAGUAGAGGACGAGAGACGACAGGGCCGGUUUAAGCGCUCCAACAGUGUCACCGCCGCUGUUCAGGCUGACCUGGAGUUGGAGGGUUUCCCUUUAAUGGAGGAUAAAGGCCUUCAGUUUGGUGGAGGUUUCCAGCGUCACAGCGAGCCCAGCACUCCAACGCAGUAUGGAGCUGUCAGGACCGUCCGCACACAGGGUCUCUUCAGCUACCGUGAGGAUUAUCGCACCCCCACGGAGCCCCCGAGUCCCCAACGGAGCCCCGAGCCCUGGCUGGAGCCCUCGCCGCGGGAGCCCAUUGCCACUGUGGCUGUUACAGUAACACCACCCCAACCGUCGGAUUCAGGGAGAGCGUCACCCUCCUGCAGGAGAGACGGAAGCUGGUUCAUGCAGCUGCUCCACGCGGAGACCAAAAAGAUGGAGGGAUGGUGCAAAGAGCUGGAGGGAGAGGCGGAGGAGAACGAUCUGUCAGAGGAAAUCCUGGGGAAGAUCCGGAGUGCUGUAGGAAGCGCGCAGCUCCUGAUGUCCCAGAAAUUCCAGCAAUUUUAUUGGCUUUGCCAGCAAAACCUAGACCCCAGUGCCAUGCCUCGGCCCACUUCUCAGGACCUUGCCGGGUUCUGGGACCUGCUGCAGCUCUCCAUCGAUGAUGUUACCUCCAAGUUCAAUGAGCUGCAAAAGAUCAAGUCCAAUGAUUGGAGGCUUAUUGACAGCCCAGUAAAGAAGCUCCCGCCGCCAGUACCAAAGAAGACAUUACGUAAGAGUGUGACAAGGGAAAAAUCUUUGGAUCUCCCAGACCGUCAGAGAAUAGAGGCACGACGGCGCCUCAUGGCAGCCAAACGCGCAGCUUCAUUCCGCCAAAACUCAGCAUCAGAGCGAGCCGACAGCAUCGAGAUCUAUAUACCAGAGGCCCAAACACGACUUUGAGAGACACAGGGAACAGCUUUAUCAUAUUGUCAACAUCAUUUUCAAUACCAUGACACAAUCAUCAGGCUAAUCGUCCAAGACAAGGGUUAAGGUUUUUGUAUACCUGGUUUCCGAACUGCCUGUAACAUCUAUGUGAAGUUUCCCUAUUAAGGGAGACUCACACUUCCCCACAAUAAAACAUAUUGCACAACAUAUCGCAAUUGUAGGCCCUCAUGACAACAGUGUUGCCUGACGAAGCAAAACUUCACAUAUAAGCUUUAAUCACAGCUGAGAAACACAUUCAAUCUGAUAUUCUCUUUGUUUGUGUCUUUAUGACAUCCGUUUAGCACUUUCAAAGUUGAAAAUUCACAUUUUGAGGCCUCAAAUCUAAAGUUUUCAUUUGUUUUCAUUGGAUUGAAGAAAAGUAUUUAGUUUGUAUCCUGUUUGGUUUCAUUUGCAUUUAAUUUCUCUCCCUCCAUUAUCGUAGUUCAGUUUUUUCAGUGACGUUCGUGGUAUUUUUGUCUCUUGUUAGCAUUGUGCCAGUGCUGAAAUACCUCAAUCAUACAUUUCAGACUGAAGCCGCUUGCCAGAACGGACAGUCACAGCCUUUAAAAAAAAAAGUCACAUUACACUGUUAUGGAGUAACUUCAAUCUCAGAAUGAGGGUUUACGCUGUCAGAUCAAGAGAUCAGUUUUUAUUAUUCUCGUACUUACAGAUAUAAUGCUGAUGGAUUGUCAUUCUAGAGGAGCUGCUGUAUAUGUUUUUGGGUGCAAUUGCUUCAAACCUAAAAUCAACAAUGUAAAGGUUCAAAAAUGCAUUUUGCACUUUCUUCUAAAUGUGUGUUUGUAUGUAUUUCCAAGGGAAAUGAAGUUCUAAAAGAUAUUGUUGCAGUUGAAUUGCAAGGUUUUGUGUGACUAUCGAUUUGUCAUUUCAUGUCUCUGAAUGUUUCAUUUCUGCAGCCUCAUCUGGCCAUUCAUCGGUUUGUAUUUAUUUUAUUGAACAGUUUUUCUCUCAAUCUGCUGUUAUCAAAUGUCUGACCCAUGUUCUCUGCACAAAAAUCAGCUUUUUAUGUCCUUUCUGUACGUCUUGACAAAGAAUCAAUGAUUCUGUCUGGGCUGAAGGAGAUGUCGGUGUACCCAUUAUUAUCUUGAUCACUUGCUGGUUGGUGAUGGAUGGUUUAUCUGUAAGACUGCACAUCUGUGAGAAUGAUUUAAUAGUAUAAUCAAACUGUUCUCAAGUCAGUUUGAUGGCAUUUGUACAAAAAGGUGACUGCAGUAAGGAGAAUGGUUGAUUAUAUUACAUGAUCAUAACCAAAGGCUAGCGCUACUUUGACUUGUUAUACAAUUGUUGGAUUUAUUUAAUUUAAAAUUGUUUUUCAUUGAAGUGCGUCACUAAUGAUACCACUUCCUGUUUGACGUCCAGCAGUUCAGCUCUAACACUUGUUCUGUAAUAUGAAGUGUAAAAAGUGGGGCCUAAAAUUAACACCUGCCAAGUGCCAAAUGAAAGCAAAAAAUUAGUUGCGCAGUAAAUGAUAUCUGCCAUUUUUGCAUUUUUUUUAUUUUUACAAUGUCAAAGAACAAUGUGGUUUAGCACUAUUUUUAAGUUGUAAUAAUAACUGUGCUGUAAUGAUAUAAAUGUAAUUAGAAACGCAGCACUGUGAUCUCGUGAGCAGCUCACAAUAGUAAUGUUUUCAGUGUUUCAGCAUUUGCAAGUGCUGUGUGUAUGAGUUGCUUAAAAUACGCAUUUAAAUGGCACCUUAUUUACCUCUUUUGCAAGAUCUAAGAAAAGCCUUUGGUGUCUUCAGAAUAUGUAUGUAAAGUUUCAGCUCAAAUUACCCAUCAGAUUAUUUAUUAUAGCCCAAAGAAUCUGCCCAGUUUGGUGUCUCAAUACAUUGUAGCUGAUUUUGUAGCCUGUGGCUUUAAAAGCAAAUGAGCUACUUUUCCCCGCCUACUGUUACCACAUGCGUGUCUGCUUCUUAUCAUAUGCCUCAGAUAUACAGCAGUCAGUGACAGAGACAGAGUCUGAUGAAGCUGAAAUACAGCUCAUUGGUCAAAAAUGGCAAGUAAGUUUAUUUAAUGUAUUUGUAGUAGUGUUUUUUCAAGCCUUUCUGAAAUGAUGAGUCUUGCACAAAUGCCUUUUGUAGUACACUCAUACCCACACAUAUUAGCAUUUACUGACACCAUGCAGCCGUGGUGAUUAUAGUGGUUAAGAAUUACAGCAAUUCGACUGUCUUUUUUGCAAACAUACUCAGUUAUAAAAAUGUUUUUAAUCUUAUAAAACUUAAAAAAAAAUUAAUCCCAGUUUAUUUGCAAAACAAAAUGUUCUGU